AUGCCAUUGGUGAUUCAAAGGAAGACACCAAAGGAGGAUGCUUACCUCUGUGAAAUAUGGAGCAAAGGAGGAUGCUUACCUCGGAGAAAAAUGGAGCACAAAGAGAAUGCUUACCUUGGAGAAAAAUGGAGCACAAAGAGGAUGCUUACCUCGGAGAAAAAUGGAGCAGGAACGGUUACAAUGUUAACCGAAGAAGAUGUGGACAAGAAGAUUCACGCAUGGAAGUGGCUCGUGGGUAAGAGAAACCUAGGGUUCCAAUGUCUUGAUGCUCACGCAAGAGGUUGUGUGAAGCAUAAUGAAGAAGACAUUACUCUUAAAGAGACAGAGUCUACAAGUUCAAGGAAGCAACUUAGAGUUAGACCGAAACUCAAUUAA